UCCUCCCCCCGCUAAAAAAUAGGUCUCGCGUCGAUAUUUCCUUUAUAACCCAGGGCGUGCAGUGUCGUUUUAGCAUGGUGUGUUCAUGUUGUUCAAUGUUUAAUUCACUGCUCUGUGAAAUCGACGUAUAAACACGCGUUAUGUAGCUCGUAUGCAACUGUUUCUGAGCCAAGUGGUCCGGACCCUCUCUCCCCCUCUUGAUUCCGCAUCAAAUGCAUCGCCACCCCGCGUCUAGGUGGACGUUCUCCCGGACCGCUGGACCCCAUGCAAAACGCAACCUUUAAUUCUGCGAGUGUCAACGCAGGAGUGUUAAUAAGCGAUCCUCCAGCGGGGUUUCGAGUCAUUGUAUGUCAUGGCUGUGACACGUCCAGCAGGCUGGAAGGCUAGCAAGCUAACUAGCUACUUUUAUUCCUAGUAACUGGUAGGAAACGGGGCCACCGUGGGGUAGACACGGCCCACGGAUGCGUGUGGCCGGGCAGAAGAUCCCCAGUUUAAUUAAUGAACCCCGAGGUUUCUCGGGUGGGAGACAUUUCGACGACGACGCCGCGGAGAGUUUUUGACAGGAGUGAUAUCCUAACGUUACUGUACUCGGGGUGGGGGGGGGGGGGUUCUCCAAAGCAAGAUGGACUCUCGUUCGCCUGUCUGUCUUGUCAGACCCCAGCUCGACGUUUUGCAGGGAGAUGAAAAUGUGAGCUUGUGUUACGCUUUGUAUGGAGACUUUAAGCGAGCGAUGUGCGUUUAGUUUAGCAACCCGUCGUGUCGGGUCGUGAUAGCGCAUUUAAAGCGUUCAGUUGCUCAAGACUUCAGGCGGUGACCCAUCGGACAUCAGCAGUUUUACCUGAAAACACAACCAAAGCACUGCGCAGCGAUGGACUACAUCCACUAACGCCGAUUGAAUUGGAGCAUUUCGAAUAUUGCAUUUCAUUCAUCGAGGGGUCGUGGCUUAUGGCCUUCGAGCUCUUGUUUGACUAAAUGGGCGGAACGACUUCACUGCUGUAAUGGUCAUCGUCAUUGCAUGACAAAGGCAGUGGCAGAUCCAUCUUCAUCACUCAUACAGCAUUUCCAUAGUUUGAUCAUAAGGGCGGUAGGACCAUGAAAGGUGGAGGAAGGGGCAAGGAGCCCCCCGCCGCUGGGGAAGUCGGGGGCAAGCGCCCCAAGCGCAAAUGCCUGCAGUGGCACCCCCUCCUCUCCAAGAAGGCUCUGGAUUUCUCAGAAGAGGAGGAGGAGGAAGAGGAGGAGGAACUGGAGAAGCCACAGGCACCUUGUGGCCAGGCCCCGGGGCCCGGCACGGAGCAGUGCGUGGUGGCCAGGGAGGAGACGGAGGAGGACCCCACGGAGCAGCGGGCACGGCGGCCCAUGAACGCCUUCCUGCUCUUCUGCAAGCGCCACCGCUCGCUGGUACGGCAGGAGCACCCCCGCCUGGACAACCGCGGCGCCACCAAGAUCCUGGCCGACUGGUGGGCGGUUCUGGAGCCCAAGGAGAAGCAGAAGUACACGGACAUGGCCAAGGAGUACAAGGACGCCUUCAUGAAGGCAAACCCAGGUUACAAGUGGUGCCCCACCACCAACAAGCCCGUAAAGACCCCCCCGUCCUGCCAGCCCGCCUGCAACCACCGCAAGAAGGUCUGGUCCUUCCCUUCCAAUGCCCCGUCCAAGGACUCCACCGCUGCCAAAAAAGUGCCCAAGUCGGCUGGCAUGCCCCAGUUGAACUUUGCCAUGGCAGAUCCUACGAAGAUGGGCGGACUGAGCAUGCUCCUACUGGCUGGCGAGCGCGCUCUAAGUGCCAGAGAGAGCCCACCCAGCAAUUCAAUACCAAGCUUAACAGGGGUGGCAAUCACAGAGAACACCCUCCAAGGGAAAAAAGAAAAAGAAGAAGAAGAGACACUAAGUGCAACACAGAAUAGAGUGCCGGACAUCUCUAAAAACAGGGUCAAGUCUCCCCUCUCCCCAAUGACAGAGCGGGCGUCUCCACAUCCAGCGCCGUCUGCCGUCCCGGAGACCAAGCCGUGCGGGCAGUCCGCUCUCUUCCAGCUGGCGGAGAUGUGCUUGGCGUCUGAAGCCGGGAAGAUAGAGCCGGCCGUCUCCAAGUCUCAGGAGAACCCAUCCUCCUCUCUCUCUGUGCAGCCGGCCGCUCUGGUCAAGGCAGAGGUCAAGCAGGAGAUGAUAGACCACCGCGACCGCACUCACUCCUCCUCCUCCUCCCGCUCUCCGCUGUCACCGCUCUUGCCUCCGCAUUUCCCCUCUUCCCCCACCUCCUCCGUCUCCUCCUCCUUGUCGGUUACCCCCGGCAACAUCACUGCUACGGCUCAGUCGGACGUCCAGAACGCCCGCGCCAUCAAAAAGAAGACCAAGAAGAAGGACUCGCCGACGGACGCCGCCGCCACCGUCGCCCAUAAGCUGUCCGCCCGGCCGUCCGCGCCCUGCCCCUCCAGGAAGCCCAGCGGCGAGAGCCCGGCGGCGGACCUGGACAGCGUGUUCUGCACCAUCGAGGCGGUGGCCAAAGGCUCCUGGGCGGUGGCAGAGGCCGAGGUCAAGGUGAGGAAGAGGUCCCAGGACGGCGGCGGCACUGUCAGCCCCGGGUCGCCCAAGAAGAAGAGCAAGCCCAGGACCCCCAAGACGCCUCCCAAGGGGCCGGCAAACGAGGAGGCGACCGCCAAGGGAGAGGAGAGCGGGAAUCCCGUCCGGCUGCACAGCGUCUCCUCGCUGUCGGAGGUGGAGAACAACAACAACAACAACAACAACGAGGAUGACCUCAAGGAGGAAGAAGAGGAGGAGGAGGAGGAGAUGGAGACGGAGGUCGUUCCCGCCAGUCCCAAAGAGGAAGCGGUGGAGAUGUCAGAAGAGGAGGCGGGCGGGGUAAGUGCCGCUCAGUCCCCCGGGGCCGUCCCCAGCGGGGGCCAGGAGCCCCCCGCAGCCGGCCUCAGGCCUAAAGACGAGGAGGCGGAGAAGGACAAGGUCCUCGAGGCCAUGGAGAGCGGCGCCGAGAGCCGGGGCUCCCGCAAGUCUGAGAGGAGCUGUAAAGGAGCGCUGUACAAGACCCUGGUGUCCGAGGGCAUGCUCACCUCGCUGAGGGCCAACAUCGACCGAGGUAAACGGUUUGCUUUCCGUGCGUCGGAGCACGAUGCCAACUGGCAGGAGGAGGGCUGUGUGGUCCCCCCGACGGGACCCCCAAACCCCAAGAAGCUGAAGAAGUCCAAGUCCAAAGACGAGUCGUCGCAGGGCCUGGGGAAACUGGAGGAGGAGUUUGAGAAAAAGUUCAACAGCCUGCCACAGUUCAGCCCCAUGACGUUCGACAAGAAGAGCACCACGGUGGUGAAGAAGAAGAAGCCUGACAGCCCCCCCACAGCACAAGAGGAGGGCCCUAAAGCUGCCAAGGGGUCAUCUUCAUCUCAGAAAAAGACUUCAUUCCACAAGAUUGUUAGGAAGCACAAACAGAAAAAGGAGAAACCAAAUGUGCGGGAAAAAGUAGCGUUGCCUAGCGACCUGGCCCCGCCCAGCGACUCGGGGACCAACAAGGCCAAACUGUGCGCCCCACCGUGCGUCCCGGCCAGUGCCCCGCCCUGCCUCCCGCCGGCCCCCGCCGGCCCCGAGGCUGCGGGGGCCACGGCCCUGGAGACGCUGCUGGUGGGCAGCCAGAAGAGGAAGGCCCGGAAGAACAAGAUCACCCACCUGGUUCGCACGGCCGACGGCAGCGUGUCGCCCAUCGAGGAAGACAAAGCCAAGGAGCUCCCCCAGGAACAGGAAAAGAAGCCAUUAUUUACCCAGCAGAAGUUAUGCAAGGACCAGCGGUGCUUCGAGGCCCCCAGUCCAGAGCGGGUGGACGCGCCCGGAGGGCCGCAGGAGCUGCCCGCCUUCUUCAGCCUGGCCGCCCUGGCCGAGGUGGCGGCCAUGGAGAACGUGCACAGAGGUCAGAGGGGCAGCGUGUCUGACACUCAGACCAAGGAACUGGCCAAGGCUCCCCUCCUCAUCUCCUGCUCCGACCAGUGAAAACCCUGCUGCUGCUGCUGCUGCUGCUGCUGCUACUGCUGCUACUACUGCUGGCAGAAGCACCACACCAUGGAUGCUAUAGGACCCAGUGAUCCACAAUUCCCUCUUGAUACUGCCCACUGUGGGGGAAUGGUGGUGGUGUGGGUUGGGUCGUGAAGCAGGAAACUUUGGACUGAAUUUGACCAACCCCCCCCCCCCCCCCCCACCCUGUCCCCUCGCAUCCUUCUCUCGCCCUGACCCCCGAUGGAUUAUUUUAAGCUCUGCGGUCGGUUGCACCAGCUUUGUGUAAAUUCAAACUUAGAUAAAACCGUGUUGAAGUGUUUUAAGUCAGGGUUGACCAAUGACCAAUUCAAAACAGGUUGCAUCACAUAGAAACUAGUUCUAACGUAUCGCUUAGUAGUUACUUAAUAUUUGCAGUUGAAUUUUC